AAGAGCGAGAGACUCGGGAGAGUUGAAAAACUACGCCAAACGCAUUGCUUUCGAGGAGGCAAUUUCACCUUUUCCUGCCCUUGUAUCCUUUCAUUUACUUGGGAUCUUUCCAUCUUCGACCUGCUCGCCUCUUUACAGUCUCUGUCUCCGAGACUUAAACAAACCGUUCCCCGCAUAUCAGAGCGCCGUUUGUCAAAAUGAGCGAAACCGACAACUCUGCCGCUAUCACCAGCAGCGCUGACCGCAUGGUUGGCAUGGACCAUGCUGAAGUGCGCUACUUUACAAGUUAUGAUCAUCAUGGUGAGAGCCUUUGGAAAUCACCUGUUUGCUGCUCCAAUUGCUAAUUAUCAACCCCGCCUAGGAAUCCAUGAGGAGAUGCUUAAAGACGAUGUCCGAACUCGCUCAUACCGCGAUUCUAUCUACCAGAACCGCCACAUCUUCAAGGAUAAGGUUGUUCUCGAUGUCGGCUGCGGAACGGGUAUUCUCAGCAUGUUUGCCGCGAAGGCUGGCGCCAAACACGUAAUUGGAGUCGACAUGUCCUCGAUCAUCGAAAAAGCCCGUGAGAUUGUUGCCGCCAAUGGACUUUCGAGCAAGAUCACCCUUCUUCAAGGAAAAAUGGAGGAGGUAGUUCUCCCGUUCCCCAAGGUUGAUAUCAUCAUUUCCGAGUGGAUGGGCUAUUUCCUUCUCUAUGAGAGCAUGCUGGACACUGUUCUCUACGCCCGCGACCGGUAUCUUGUUCCCGGAGGCAAGAUCUUCCCCGACAAGGCUACCAUGUACGUGGCCGCGAUCGAAGAUGGAGAGUACAAGGAUGAUAAGAUUGGAUUCUGGGACAAUGUGUACGGAUUCGACUACAGUCCCAUGAAAGAGAUCGCCCUCACCGAACCUCUCGUUGAUACCGUUGAGCUCAAGGCUCUCGUUACUGAUCCGUGCCCAAUUAUCACCUUUGACCUAUACACUGUGACCAAGGAAGAUCUGGCUUUCGAGGUCCCGUACUCACUCACUGUCAAGCGCAGCGACUUCAUCCAUGCAGUGAUUGCGUGGUUUGAUAUUGAGUUCGGUGCAUGCCACAAACCCAUCACUUUCUCCACUGGACCCCACGCAAAGUACACUCACUGGAAGCAGACUGUGUUCUACCUCCGUGACGUCCUGACCGUUGAAGAGGAAGAGACUGUGUCUGGUGUGCUAGUCAACAGGCCGAAUGACAAGAACAAGCGAGACCUUGAUAUCAACCUUUCAUACAAGCUUGAGACGCUCGACCAGACUCGCACUGCCGAAGGUAGCUGCUACUACAGGAUGUGUUAAUCUCUGAUCCUUAUUUCAUCCACGGCACAUAAUCGUAUUAGCAUGCCAGUCCAAAGGGAUAUUGACGUGCGGGGAGCAUAGCAUAGAUGGUACUUAUGGUCUGGAUAUCGGGUUGUUGCUGAUAUUUUUCUUUGCACGAUUCUGCUUUCUUUCGGGUUGUCGUUAUUACUUGCUUGGCGUUGUUUCUGGACGGCAUGGGAAUGGCAUCAUUGUUCGGCGUGAACGGAGAAAAUUUUCCCAGAAGAGACGAUUAUGCAGCUCCUCGAAUUUGGUCAGGUAGAUACCCCGAGUCGACGCUCAGUCUAGCCACCUCCGACGUUCUCAUCAUGUUUUUGGACUGCUUCGUUAUGCAUUUAUACACAUAAGCCAUUCAUAUUGGUGACUUAUGAUCUCAUACAGUCAAAG